AUGUGCGGCUACCGUGGAAUCCUGAUCAAGUGCUCCGGCACCAAGGCCAAAGAGUGCCACAAGUUCAUCUACGAAGUCACCGAGGUGACAAAAUGCGCCAACCCUGAUCCCGCUAACCCAGAGACUUGUAGGAACGGCCAGUACUUCAAGAAAUACACCAAGGUCCUGGAAGCGUCCGCCCCGCUGGGAGGCAUUUGCGUCUCUUGCUGCGCUGAGCAGAAGAAUGAGUCCAACGGCUCAGACCCCUUGGGAGGCUUCACGGGCGAUGUUGAGCGUGACCAGGAGCUGGCCAACUUCUUCCGCUCCCCCUUGAACACGCACGCCUACACUGGUAAGUACGGCAAAGUCAAUGCUCACGACCUGUCGGCGGCUUCUCUGGCUCGCUCCACGGGCUGGGAGAUUGCCACUCUUCACGGCGGCGCCGAGGGCCUUCACCAGGAGGCUGAAUUUGUUGUAGUCGACUUGCCCUCUGAAGACGAUGAUUAUGAUAUUGUUGACGCUGCGGAGGCUCGCGAGGGUUAG